GAGUGUUCAGUCAUGAUGGCUUCUUUUUGGCAAGGUGCACUGCUUUUGAGCCUUGCAGCUGCCAUUUCAGUGCAUGCAGACAUGGAACUGGACUGCAGGCCUGAUCAUGUGUCCCUGGUGUGGACAGAAAGCAGAUCCCAGGCUGACACCUCACUUGUCCGCCUGGGUAACUGUUUGCCCACCAGUGUCACAGCCAGGGAGGCAGUUUUCAAUGUGGAUUUCAAUGAAUGUAACUUCAGGAGACUGGUCUCUGGGGAUCAGCUGGUGUACACCAAUGAUCUGACCUAUGAGUCAUCUCCCGAUUCCCACGUACAAUCCUUCACCCACCCAGUUGUCUGUGCCUUUGAGAGACCAAAAGACUGGUACCCACUCAUCUAUGACCCAGUGUUUAAUACAUAUGGUCAAGGAGAUCUAGUGUUCCACAUGGGCCUUAUGAAUGAUGACUUCUCAGGCCCGGCUACAUCUACCGUUUUUUCUCUGGGCUCCUUUAUUCCUAUCAUGGCUAGUGUUGAGCAGAAUCGCCACCAGCCAUUGUUGCUGCUUCUUGAGGAAUGUGUAGCUGCAACCACACCAGAGCUGCAGCCUGAAAGCAAUUUAUACCCAAUAAUCACCAAUAAGGGAUGUCUUGUGGACAGUAAGACCUCACGCUCAAAAUUUGAAGACAGGCAAAAAUCAUCAGAAAUCCAUUUAUCCCUUCAAGCCUUCAGGUUUGCACUUGGAGAGGAGGUGUUUAUCCACUGCAAACUUGUAGCUUGGGAUCCCUCUGGACUUGACAACACUAAAAAGGCCUGCCACUACGAUAAAGAGCAUGGCUGGGAGCUGCUGGAUAACCCUGCAUAUAGCAAUCUAUGUGACUGCUGUGAGUCCAGCUGCAAGUCCAGAAAGAUGAGGAGUACAGCAUCAGGGAAACAUGGAGAAGCACAAACAGCAGUUCUUGGGCCAAUAACCAUCACUGAUUAG